CAAAAAUCAAUACUCUCCAAGUUUAUCGUAACUAAGCUGUAUUACUUUCGUCGUCAAAAUAUUAACUAUCUAAAUAUUUUUUGUAAAUGAUACAAGAAACAGUAUGGUGAAGAAUAUUCAUAACAAUCCGACUUACGUGAUAGCAAACUUGUCUACAAACCAUGAAGGCAAUGUGGAAAUUGCUUGUGAGAUGAUUGAAAAAGCAUGCAAAUGUGGAGCUGAUUUUAUCUACAUGGAAUUGGAUGAAAGUACUAGCACAUUUUCAAAUUCAGAUUUCAUACAUUUUCACAAAAUAGCACAAGACAAUGGUGCUACUUUUUCUACAAAAUCGUUUGUGGGUUCAAUACGACAUAUUCUUCCAAUAAAACGAUUUAAAAAGACUGAUGAUGGAUCUGAUGACAACGAUGUUUAUCAAGAAAUCACCGAAAACUGUUGGAAACCACGUGGAAGUACAAAUAAAAAUUCUGAUGGAAUAGACUUAGUGGAGAAAAUACAAGAAAAGUAUCCUAAACAUCAACUGCAAUUUUGGGAUUUUCAAGAAAAAAUUACUUGUUUGCCUGAAAUAGUGGUUGCAAUAGGAAUUAAAGCUAUAUCGUGUAAAUUUACAUUGGAUGACAAGCAGUCUGGUUUUGAUCAUUUGAUGUCUAUAAAUGCUAGGGAUUUUAAAACUAUGGUAGCGAAUAUGAAAACAGUUGAGGCAGCGCUAGGUACUGGAAAGAAGGAUUCUCUAUCAACGUCGGAAUGGCCUUGUUUUAAAAAACUAUUCAAGAGCAUUGUUGCAGCGCAUGAUUUAGAAAGAGGAACAAUUUUGAAAGCAGAAGAUUUAAAAAUAAAAGUAAGCGCCACGCAAAGCAUGAGUGGUUUUUACUUUCCUAUAGUGAUUGGUAGAGAACUCUUAUCUGAAGUUGACGAAGAUGAUCCUAUUUUCGUAUCAGAUUUUGACGGAUUGAAACACUAUUCUCAAUAUAUGUCUUUUUCAAACUAUGCAACAAAAAACAUCGCAAUUCAAUCAGGCGAUAACAUAGAGUUAAAUUUAGGUAGGCGACUGGAUUUUAAAAGUCCAUGUUAUAUCAUCGCUGAAAUUGGUCAAAAUCACCAAGGCGAUAUAAUGAUGGCGAAAAAAUUAAUAAAACUUGCGAAAAAAUGUGGAGCUGACUGUGUAAAAUUUCAAAAGACUUGCAUCAAUGAAAAGUUCACAGCUCUAGCUUUAUAUCAACCUUAUGUAAGCAAAAAUUCUUUUGGUGCUACCUACGGAGAACAUAAACAAUUUUUGGAGUUUUCUGAUGAACAGUUUAGAGAAUUAAAAAAGUACGCAGUCAAAAAAGUUGGCAUACAUUUUACAUCGUCUGCAAUGGAUCUGGCGUCACUUGAUUUUUUAUUGAGUCUUAAAGUACCUUUUAUCAAAAUUGGUUCAGGCGAGUCGGGUAACGUUCAACUACUCGAAAAGGCGGCUAAAGCCAACAUACCCUUAGUUAUAUCUACUGGAAUGCAAACAUUAGACGAUAUACAUAUUACAUACCAAGUUGUAAACCGAUAUCAUAAUAAAUUUGCUCUGUUACAUUGUGUAUCGGCAUAUCCUACACCGCCUGAAGAAGCAAAUAUUAAUAUGAUUAAAACGUUACGCAAAUGCUUUCCAAAUAUUUUUAUAGGAUAUUCAGGGCACGAGAUCGGCUCAUGUAUAACGACUGCUUCUGUAGCUCUCGGAGCCAAAAUAAUUGAGAGGCACAUUACAUUAGAUAGAAAUAUGAAAGGAUCAGACCACAUAUGCUCAUUAGAUCCUUCACAGUUUAGUAAACUCGUCAGAGACAUUCGUUAUAUCGAAGAAAAUUUGGAUCUUUAAUCAUUUUUAUUUGAUUUAUAUACUGCCUACCUAUAUGAAUAUAUUAAUGAAUUAAUUUAUCCACAAUUUGUGUUCAUUUUCAAUCUGUUAAUAAUUGCUACUUACAAUUAUUUCGUUUUAAAAUAUAACAUUUUUUUUUAUAUAAAUAAAGUA